AGUACCAAUCCUCUUCUAAUUGGAAAAAUAUCUCUCUUUUUUUUCCUUUCUCUUUUCUUGUUUCUUCAUCUUUUUUGUUGAUUUCAAAACUUUGUAAGACUGUCUCUCCUUUUUGUUUCAAUCUUUGUUUUUUAUAUAAAUGGGAAUAUCGAAGAAACAUCAAGUUGGCAGAGGAUUAGACACCGAUGGGGAAAAGUGGGUGUUCGCCGAAAUUUCGAUUCGGGAGUCACUGAAGCCGGUGAAGACGAAACUCAAAAAGACAGAGAGAGAAUCAAUUUCAGCUGAAGAAAUUUGUGUCACUCCCACGAGGAAAGAAUCAACAAUUUCGGAGAAACUGAAAUGUCCCGCUGCUCCUAGGAAACGUCGACCGGUGUUGAAGUGUCGGAGCAAUGUUCGUAUAGAGUACUUUGUGCCUCCUUCAGAUUUGGAGUCGGUGUUUAUACAACGCCGUUAA